AUGUCUUCAUACAAGGUUGUUAUUGUCGGGGGUGGCCCGGUUGGGGCGUUGGCGGGAUUAUAUGCGGCUCAGCGAGGCUUUCAAGUGGAAAUUUAUGAGAUGAGGGACGAGUACAGUCAAGUCCAGACAGCAACUUCCUUCUCUGCCAAGAGUAUCAGUCUGACGCUGUCCGAACGAGGCAUCAAGGCUUUACGGCAUAGUCAAUGCAGGGGCCUGGCAGAGAGAAUCCUAUCGACAACUGUUCCCGUCUAUGGUCGAAUGGUGCACAGCAAGUCCAAGACGCGACUAACUACCAGGCGAAUUGCCUAUGAUGUUCAUGGACAGGCUCUUUAUGCUAUUAGCCGCUCUGAGAUUAACCAAAAUUUGCUUGAGGAGCUGUCUGCCUUCCCCAAUGUUCAUAUAUUCUACAAACACAGACUCAAUGGCUUGGACAUGAAGCAGAAGUGUGCCACUUUCCAAAACAUAUCUCGCCCUCUGGAGCCCAGUCAUGAGACCAAGUUUGACCUACUGAUUGGUGCUGAUGGUGCUCACUCUACAACCCGCUUCUUUCUGUCCCGCUAUGCCAAAAUCAACAUUAGCCAGAAGUGGGAAGACAUCUUCUGGUGUGAGCUUACCAUCCCUGCGGGGCAUGCUCUUCCGAUGGACUGUCUGCACAUGUGGCCCCAGCGUGACUUUAUGCUGUUUGCCUGUCCGGAUAAGGAAGGAACAUUGACUUGCAAUCUGUUCGCUCCGGAAAAAGUCUUUCUGGAAUUGAAGUCCUCUGGGAGGAUUGCGGAGUUCUUCGAGAAGAACUUCCCUGGUAUCACACCAGACCUCAUCCCCACCGACAACCUCCAGAAACAAUUCAAGUCCAACCUUCAUCACCCCAUGAUCGACAUCCGAUGCUCACCGUAUCACUACCAGGACUCAUGUGUCCUUAUUGGUGAUGCCGCACAUGCCAUGGUUCCCUUCUACGGCCAAGGCAUGAACACCGGCUUCGAGGAUGUCCGAAUCUUGUUCGAGGACUUCCUCGACCAACGAAGGAGUUUCCCUUCCUGGAAGGACAAUCUCUCCUUGACUUAUGCGAUGCAACAAAAAGAGCUACCCGACACCCCGCAGGCAAUUGUAGAAGACUACCUUGAGCAGUACACCAAGUAUCGCCAGCCGGAUGUUCACAUUAUAAAUGAAUUGGCGUUGCAAAACUACAAGGAGCUACGACAAGGCGUGUUCAAGAUGUCUUACCAUAUCCGCAAGCGUAUUGAAGAGUUUCUGAGUCUUCAUGCCCCGCAGCUUGGGUGGGCGACGCAGUACCGGCUGGUGGCGUUUGAGACGAUGCGAUAUACCGAUGUUUUGCGACAGGUCCAAAGACAGGGAAUGAUCUUGAGUGCUGUGGCGUGGAGCUGCCUGGUGCUCUUUUUCCUUUUGUGUCUUUUUUCGCUUCACCUGUAA